AAAAAAAGCGUCAGCUUCCCCUGGGCUUUGUGCGAGGGUUAUCAGCUGCCCAAGGCAGCUCAUCUCUGCCUGCUGUGGCAUUUUUGGAAGGUGUUGUUUUCCCGGCCCUCCUGGGUUUCCACCAAUUGGCAGCCAGCCCCAGAGGUGGAGGCAGGGGAGUGAGGGGCACAUGUGGGAGGGGCUGGUAGCCCCAAACCUGGUGACAGUACACAGUUGUCAGCUAGACCCUGCUGGUGUUUUGUCCUUUUAUAGUCAGCAGCAGCUGCCCGUGCUCUCCCCAGCCCCUCUGCGGGGGCUCCUGCCCAGGAUAAAAGAGCAAGGCCCAGGCCCCUGUCUCAUCUCAGAGCUGGUUGCAUUGACCCUCUGGGAGCUUUCUUGCGCUUCUCUGAAGAGCCCAGGAGACAGCAUGCCUCCCAAGAAGCCCGAACCUAAGAAGGAGACGGCCAGGCCAGCCCCCACUGCUGCCCCGGGCCCUGCUCCUGCUCCAGAACCUUCCAAGGAACCAGCCUUUGACCCCAAGAGUGUAAAGAUAGACUUCUCCGCCGACCAGAUUGAAGAGUUUAAAGAGGCCUUUUCAUUGUUUGACCGGACCCCAGUUGGCGAGAUGAAGAUAACGUAUGGGCAGUGCGGGGAUGUGCUGCGGGCCCUGGGCCAGAACCCCACAAAUGCCGAGGUGCUGCGUGUCCUGGGCAAGCCCAAACCGGAAGAGAUGAGCGCCAAGAUGCUGGACUUCGAGACCUUCCUGCCCAUCCUGCAGCACAUCUCCCGCAACAAGGAGCAGGGCACCUACGAAGACUUCGUGGAGGGGCUGCGCGUCUUCGACAAGGAGAGCAACGGCACCGUCAUGGGUGCCGAGCUUCGGCACGUCCUUGCCACCCUGGGAGAGAAGAUGACCGAAGCUGAAGUGGAGCAGCUGCUGUCCGGGCAGGAAGAUGCCAAUGGCUGCAUCAAUUACGAAGCCUUUGUCAAGCACAUCAUGUCUGGAUAAAGCAGAUUCCUAAGGAGUGGUGCUUUCUUUCAGGAGCCUGGCCCUCGGCCUGGGCUGCCCCAAGUGAGUUGGCAGGAGGCCCGCAGUGACUGAGAGAGCACCCUGGACGUGUCGCUGCGCCAGCCCAAGGACCUGACAGCCCUUAGCCCUUCUGGAAAAUAAAGAGCUCGCAAGGCUGGGCCAAGUUCCCUGA